AUGGUGCUGGAAUUGCACAUAUGGGGCCCAGCUUUUGACCUGCCCUCUAUCGAUGCCCCAUGUCUUGCGGCGAUUUGUUACCUGCGCAGCUGCCUUCCUGCUGACGCCUGGUCAUUGAUCCCUUCUAGCGAUCCGGCCGUCAGCCCUCUUGGAGAGCUUCCAGCCCUACGCAAUGGCGAGACUUGGGUAUCAGGGUUUGACAAUAUCGUUGCGUACUUGAAACAUGUCUCAGGCGGAGAAUGGGACCUCGACAAAGACCUCGACGACAAACAACGGGCCGAUCGCGCCGCCCUAUCAUCCUUUCUCGAAUCUCGCGGCCAGCCUCUGCUCGACCUGUAUCUCUAUGUUAGCACCGACAACUAUCAUGGCGGUACCAGGCAAGCUCUUGCCGAAAUCUUGACGUGGCCCAACAGCUGGUCUGUGCCUCAUCAAGUACGAGCAAAAGCAAAGAAGAGAUCGGAACAUUUGGGGCUCAGCGGCCUUGAUGUGGACACUGCGCAGGAAGACAAGAAGGAGGAUGCAGUGUUAACGGCACAGAUCCCGAAAUCCUUGCGGAAACCAAGGCAAACUGUCAGUGGGCUGCUUGGAAGGAACAUGCAGAAGAACCGAUUUCGUUUAGAUGGCAUCACUUCUGACUUCUUCGAGCCACUGCUGGACGCCUUGGGAGAAAAAGAGUGGUUUCUCAGAGAUCAAACUUCCAGCGUGGAUUGUCUGGCAUUGGGGUAUCUUGCGCUUAUGCAGAGCCCUAAUCUGCCACAAGCGUGGCUGAAGGACGCUCUUCACAACAAAUAUGCGAAACUAGAUGGUUGGGCUCGAAAGCAUUCGGGAGAGAUAUUCGGUGGACCGGUUGAUGUAUCCGUGGUGCUGGGCCGCAAAGAUGGCCUUGCCUCUGCCGGGUCUGUAUUACCCUGGCAAGUUCCAAGAAAGAGGAAUUUGCCGCAGGUCUUGCAAGCAAUCUUGGAGAACUGCGUGACUCCAAUCCCUAUUUUGGGUUCGUGGUUUUCGAUCUCGGAUAUCGGGCAGGACCAGUCGAAGGAUCUUGUACGUCACGACGUAACACAACACAGGUUGGCCCAAUUACGCCGACGGAGGGAUAUAUAUGUCCAGCUUCUGGCGUCCACUUGUGCUAUUACAGGCCUAAUGGGAUGGAUGCUGUACAAGGGCAUAUUGCACAUUCCUCGUCGAACACCGACAACACCCAAGGGCCGUAGCUUCGGUGAAGCAGGGGCUCUGCUGGGACUUGCCUGA